AGGACGUGGAUGGAGAGGAGGAGGGUGGAGAGGAGCAGGCUGUAGAGGAAGAGGCUGGAGAGGAGGAGGCUGGAGAGGAAGAGGUUGGACAGGAGGAGGUUGGAGAGAAGCUGGCUGGAGAGGAAGAGGUUGGACAGGAAGAGGCUGGAGAGCAAAUGAAUCAAGCAGAAAAGGCUGGAGAUGAGGUGAAUCAAGAGGAGAUAACUGGAGAGGAGGUGAAUGGAGAGGAAGAGGAUGGACAGGAGGUGAAGGCAGGGGAAGAGGAUGGAGAGGCAGUGGAUAUAGAGAAGAAAUCGGUUCCAGAGGAUAUAAUAGACAUUCUCAACGAUUUUAUAGGCCCUGCUUAUCUUUUAUUAAUAUAG